UGUAGCUGAUGGAUUUCUAUAUGAUUCUAUACGGGGUUUCUGCACACCUACCUUUGUUUCUUUGCUUGAUAUCCUGCAGCUAGCCGGCGUUUGUCAUGGACUGGCAAACCAGGGAGCCCUCAUCAGACGAAUACACUGUUUCUUCACUCUAUAUAUCAGCCUAUACUCUCCUGUAGUAAAAACAUAAAAGCUCCAGUAAGAUGCCUAGUAGUAAGAGCCAGCUAUCCUGUGGUUGCCAGGGAGACUUGUGCUAAUUUGUCCUGGAAAUCUCUCCUCCUGCUCUUUUCCCCUUUUAUCGCGUCUCUGUAGUUUUCAUCUGACAACAACAACAACAACAAUAAUAAUAAUAACAGCUUUGCUGGCUGUCCUUCUGCACACUGAGAACUGCCUCUCAGUGCUUUGCUGCUUGACCAGAGUCAGUCCUCUAGAUUCCCUUCUCUUCUCUGUGAGCUCUCUUCACGCCGAGAUAUCGGAGCGUCAGCGGCUGUGCUGCUAGCUUAUUUAUUUGAAAUUUUUCCCUUCUUUCCUUUUAAACCCACAUUUUCCUUCUGCCAAAAACUUUUCCUCCUUCUUCUCACUCAAGAGCUUUUCCAACUGAUAACUUCUGCAGACCGGAGAACUUGUCAAGGCUGCCCAUCAUGAGUGACUGGCAGCAGGAGGCUAGUAAGUCUUUUGUUAUCCUUUCCCCGUGUCCUCGAGAUCGAGGCCGUCGUCGCGGGGCUGCCUACCUUUCUUUGGUGAUAUCUCACACCAGGGAGCACCACGGCCAUGACGAGGGGUAUCAAAUCCAGCUCGAAAUACGUCUGGCUAACUUGUUCCUGAUGCUAGCCAAUGCCACCUGGAACGACGGUGGUGACGCGGGAGGUGAUAAGUGGAACGAUGGAGGCGAUGGCUUCGGUGCUGGUGCCACCAACGACAUGGCCGUUGUCGCAGCUGAUGACAACGCGAAUGGGGAUACCUGUCGCAACUGCGGACAGGCCGGCCACUUCGCUCGUGAAUGUCCGGAACCGAGAAAGCCCUCUGGGGCAUGUUUCAACUGUGGCCAGGAAGGUCACAACAAGAGCGACUGCCCAAACCCUCGUGUUUUCACCGGCACCUGUCGUAUCUGUGAAAAGGAAGGACAUCCAGCUGCUGAAUGUCCUGACCGUCCCCCAGAUAUCUGCAAGAACUGCAAGGGAGAAGGCCACAAAACCAUGGAAUGCACUGAAAACCGCAAGCUUGAGCAGCAUAAUGUCCCUGAUAAGCUCCCAGAAGAGGCUUUGGAGAUCUUGAAGAAGGCUAGCAAGGAGAGAGACCUCGAAGAUUUCCGUGAUGGCUUGAAAAUCUACAGCAAGGCGGUUCCCCUUGCCACCUAUGUUGACAUUGAGAAGCUUUUGCGCGAGGAGAAGCUCAAUGUCUACUUGAUUGCGCUUGAACGAGAAAUUGGCGAUUGCCACACUGUUGUCAAUCUCCAGGGGAAGCUCAACUGCAAGUAUGUUGUGGGUCUCUACUUCAGUGAUAAGCCCCAGCGUAUCAACCUCAAGGAACGCUGGCCUGCCACCCCAGGGGAGAACCUCGAACGUCUUGCUGAGGCCGGUUUCCCUCUUGAUCGUCAGAUCCCCAAGUGCUCCAACUGUGGAAAGAUGGGCCAUAUCAUGAAGAGCUGCAAAGAGGAACUUUCUGUUGUCGAGCGUGUGGAAGUCAAGUGUGUUAACUGCAAGCAGCCAGGUCACCGUGCCCGUGACUGCAAAGAAGCCCGUGUAGAUAGGUUUGCUUGCCGUAACUGCGGAAAGGGCGGUCAUCGUUCCAACGAGUGCACUGAGCCUCGCUCUGCUGAAGGGGUUGAAUGCAAACGCUGCAACGAAGUCGGCCACUUUGCCAAUGACUGCCCUCAGGGAGGCGGUUCUCGUGCUUGCCGCAACUGCGGGAGCGAGGAUCAUAUAGCCAGAGACUGCGACCAACCUCGCAACAUGGCGACUGUUACUUGCCGCAACUGCGAAGAAAUGGGUCAUUUCAGUCGCGACUGUACCAAGAAAAAGGACUGGAGUAAGGUUAAAUGCAGCUGCUGUGGAGAGAUGGGCCACACCAUUCGACGCUGCCCCCAGGCUGAUGAAAACGGCGGCAAUGUUGGAGGUUUUUAUAACAAUGAGACACCAGACUCAGCUGCUGUCCAAGCCGCUGGGAGUAACGUCAUGGAGCCUGAAGCCACUUGGGGUGGUGGAGACACUGCUGGUUGGUAA